AAGUUGAAUAAUUAGUGGCGACAUUUAGCAGCAACCUCAUAAGUUGCUACAAAAUGUAUAUUAUCAGCAGCGACUUUAAAAAGUCGCCACUGUUUGUUUAUAUUUAGCAGCGACUAUUCGUAGGUCGCCUCUAAAGUGGCUGAAAUUUUCACUCCCGCUAAAAUUAAAAUUUUGGCUCCAUAUUUUUGUGGCGACUUCGCCGCUAAAUAUGUAUUGCAGCAACCGGGUUGCUCCUAUUCCCUUUUAAAAUAACAAAAGAAAAUAAUUAGUAAAUGAAACACUAAAAUCGGUCCAGAGACCGAAGCAGCGAAACUCUUAUCUCGAACACAUCGAGUCGAUGUGAAGAAUAGAGAAGCGCCCAAAAUCGGUCCUUUAUAGCUAGAAAUCGCAAAUCGAAACCCUAAGUCGGUCCUCUCUAGCUAGAAAUCUGUCCAGAUAAUAGAAAUCCCAAAUCGAAAUCCCUCAAAAAUCUCAUCCAAAUCGAAAUCCCUCAAAUCAGAAUGUGAAUUCGAUUGGGUGUUUAUGAUACUUGCCAGAAACUUCAUUUUGAAGCUAAAUCUUAAGAUUAGAAGCUGGAUUUGUGAAUCGAGUUGUGCGAAGAAGUUUCUGCCGGGUUUGAAUUUGUAAAUCGAGUUGUGCGAAGAAGAAGACCACUAGGGACUUUCGAUUCAAAGCUUCUUCAACUUCAAGUAUUCAAGAACAUGUACACAGCUGCGGAAGUUGGCAAAGGACAAGAUAAUAUAGAAGUGAAAUAUUAAAAACUCAGAUAUGAUGGAUAAAAGUUGGUUGAAUAUUAGGAAUAGAUUCGACCAAAGAUACAGAGAUGGAGUAGACAACUUUCUUAAUUAGGCAUUUAGUCAACCAACGGUGAACAUUGUGAUUCGGUGUCCUUGGCAGAAAACAGUUCUGAAACACGGAGAAGUAAUGUGGUUAAAGGUCAAGGAUAAGUUUGAAGUUUGCAGCAGGUUGCGAGAGCAUAGGUUUCAGGCCUUUGUAAUUAGCAUUAUGCAAAGGCUUUUUAGAGCAUGGAAAGCUCGACUCAGCAUUCUAUACUCGAAGUACAGUACUAAUAAAGAAAGAUUGUCUCAUCAACCUGAAGAUGUUGAGCUUGAGGACUGGAAAUACCUAAUACAAUAUUUUGGAAGUCCGGAAUUUAAGCUUGUAAGUGAGAGGAACAAAAGAAAUAGAGAAAAGCAAAUAACUAAGCAUGCUUGUGGUACAAAGUCUUUUGCAGAAGUAGAGGAAUAUACGAGAAAUCCUAUUACUGGAGAAUUGGACACACCAGAUAAAGUUUGGGAGAUCCAACAUACACGCAAGGAUGAUAGAGGCAAACUGGCGUGGUUGGAUUCACAAUCCCAACAAAUUCAUGGUCAACUCCAGGAAGUUGUCGUUCAGCAACAAUCUGAGGAGAUAGAGCAUCCCAUGACUAGAGAUGAAAUUUUAUCCUCCGUUGUUAGUGAGAGAACAGGCUAUGUUCAUGGAAAAGGAUACGGAAAGAAACCUCGUAAAAGAGUAACAUUCAGCAGGAAAACAUAGAGGCCAGCAUGUCUUCUGCUAUUGAUAUUGUGCGUCAGGAGAUGCAAGCCAAGAUGGAUAGGAAGUUGCAAGAAGAACAUGAACAAAUGGCUACUGAGUUGCAAAGAAAUAAGGAAAUUGAGUUGGAAAGGAAGUUGACAGAGGAGCGUCAACACGCAAAUGCAGAAAUAGACAAGAGGAUCUCUCUAGAAGUGGAGAAUAAGAUGCACGAAUAAUUUGCUAGUUUCUUGACCAGAAUGCAACAACAACAGCAGGGACAAGACACUUAAACAGUGGUUCAAGCAUGGUGUCGAGCAAGGAGCAAUUACAAGGCACUUAAUAUUUUGUCUUUUUUGGGAUAUGUAUAUGCGUACAAUUACAAUGCACAAUGAAGUGUCGGGUAGUAUAUAUGUAAUUGACUUUUUAGUAAUGAUAAUAUUUGUAAUAUUCGGUUUGAGAAAUUCUUUUGGUGUUUGUCAAGCA